UUUGAGAUUCCCUCAUACCUCUGAGAGCUUCAACUUGGAUCACAGUAGGCACAGCGCGAUAUCGAUUCGAACGCGGGUGAUCAACAAAGAGAUCAUUCGACCUGUUUUGUCUGGACUAGCUGCUGCGAGUGAUCAUCCAUCGCGGUCUGCUCUGCUCAGUGUUAACGAGAAUACAGAGACUGUAUUGGCUCGUGACAAAGUGAAAUAACUCCUGUUAUCUUUAUCUGCUACAUACGCUGCUUCUGGAGACGUCUCGGGCCAUCAUGCAGGGUUAUCAUGUGGGUAGGAGUGAUCCUCCCCAGUACCCCGGUGAAGAUACACGGCCUACGAGUAAGAAAGAGCUUGCUGGCUGGUACAGCUAUGGUUGGGCUGCAGAGGUUUUCGCUGUAUGUGCCAUGGGGUCGUUCCUCCCCAUUACUUUGGAGCAAAUGGCUAGGGAACGUGGUGUCCUUCUAUCGGACCAGACAAUCCCAUGUAGUGCAAGUUGGAAUCACCCACAAAACCAAGCACAAUCGGCCCUUGUAUAUGUGCAACCUGGGGCAGCCACUGUAGCUCAAUGCGUGGUUAAUAUUCUAGGAUUACAAGUGAACACUGCAAGCUUCGCUAUGUAUACUUUCUCGGUGAGUGUCUUUGUUCAGGCUAUCUUCAUUGUGUCUAUGUCGGGCGCCGCAGACCAUGGAAAUCAUCGCAAGAUGCUUCUAGUGCUUUUUGCUUUGGCCGGCUCCGUUGCCACAAUGCUCUUCCUUGCGAUAUCGCCGCGAGUUUACAUCCUGGGUGCGCUGUCUGCGAUUGUAGCCAAUACCUGCUUUGGGGCCUCUUUCGUGCUUCUCAAUUCGUUCCUGCCUUUGUUAGUCCGCCACCACUCUUCCUUGCUCAAAAGAGAUGCGGCUAGUCCUUUCAGGCCAAUCGCCCCAAACGGUAGCUACACCGACAUCCAGGUCCCAGCAUCUGGCCCCCCGCAUGAAGUUCGGGAGACAACACCGCUGGUUCAAUCCAGUCGGUUGCAUCAUCUAGCAGAUCGCAAACUGGUCUCUAUAAAGAAUAACCAGGAACUCGAGCUGUCCUCCAAAAUCUCUUCUUAUGGGAUCGGCAUUGGCUAUAUUGGCGCGGUGAUAUUACAAGGAAUAUGCAUCGCCGUGGUCUUUGCGACUAGGCAAACUACUUUCUCGCUGCGUCUUGUUCUCUUUCUGAUCGGACUCUGGUGGUUGCUCUUCACGAUUCCUGCUGCGAUAUGGCUGCGUUCCCGACCAGGACCACCUCUAUCCCAUGUCUUGCACAGCAAGAACCAUCGCGCGUGGGGUGGCUAUGUUGCAUAUGCCUGGAAGUCUCUCCUCCGGACAGCAAUGCGUACUCGGCAUCUGAAAGAUAUUCUAUUGUUUCUUGCUUCGUGGUUUCUUCUAAGUGACGGGAUCGCAACAGUGAGUGGGACGGCCGUGCUAUUCGCUAAAACCCAACUCGGUAUGCAGCCUGCUGCAUUGGGCCUGAUCAACGUGGUUGCAAUGAUAGCAGGUGUAUUCGGUGCAUUCUCUUGGGGCUAUAUUGCGCGGUUCUUUGGCCUGUGUGCAUCACAAAUCAUCAUUCUAUGCAUUCUGCUGCUUGAGAUUGUGCCGCUCUAUGGACUUCUAGGAUUCAUUCCAGCCGUUAAGGAAUUGGGCUUCUUGGGUCUUCAACAACCAUGGGAGAUGUAUGUGCUGGCCAUAGUCUACGGGCUUGUCAUGGGAGGAUUGUCUUCCUAUUGCCGAAGUUUCUUCGGGCAAUUGAUUCCUCCAGGCUACGAAGCGGCUUUCUACGCGCUUUAUGCCAUCACCGACAAAGGAUCCAGCAUCUUUGGCCCGAUGGUUGUUGGACUCGUUACGGAUCGAUAUGGUGACAUAAGACCCGCAUUCGUCUUUCUUGCCAUACUGAUCUUGUUUCCAUUGCCUCUUAUGUUGCUUGUCGACGUUGACCGUGGGAAACGAGAUGCUCUGGCACUCGCGACUGGAUUGGAAGGUGAAAUGGGGAUACAGUCGCUCGGUUCUAGAACGAAUUUACACGUCUCCACUCACAGUGAACGACCAGUCAUGCAAAGUGAGUGAGCCAUGGAGGGUGGAACAGUGUCUUUCGUAGCAGCAUUGGGAUAGUUGUGUAUUCCAUCUUGUCUCCUUGUCCCCUCCGCUUCCUUGUGCCUGAAUAGUUAGUCUUGAGUAUGAUCUCUCUCUUUUUUCUUUUUUGGUGUGGGCUAGAGCCCCUUGUCGAAAGCUCGAUAUAGGUUCUCCAGACACGUCGAUUCUGUCCCAAUAAGAACGUACCUCUGCACAAG